CCAGAUGAGACAUUUGUGGAUAUUGACCUUCAAAGACCCGCCAAGGGAAAAAAUUGUAAAAUAGGAUGCCAAGAGAUUAUGACAAACGCCCUCGAUCAAGAUCUCAUGACCGAUACAGGGAUCGUAAUGAUAAUUGUGAGCGUUCUCGUAAACACCGAGAAGACUACCAUCGAAGAGAUCGCGACCACGGAUACGAUUGUGACGAAAGAGAUGUAGAAAGAAGCCGAUACCGACAUGAAAAAGAAAAACGCAGAGACCGUGAUAGUCGACGAAGACAUGAACAAAAUCAUAACGACGAAAGAUGGAAGCGUCGUACACGCUCUAGGAGCCCCAUGUCUACAGCUGAAACAGAAACCGUGGAGUAUGAAGAGGGUAGGUUAUUUCUGAAACUCCAUCACUUUUUUAGCAGAACCAACUGAACCUGUAACCGAAGAGGAGGCAGAAAUGAUGCGCACUAUGGGUUUCUGUAAUUUCGGCACAACAAAAGGAAAGCAUGUUAUUGGUAACAGUGUUUAUGUGGCAAACAUAGCAAAACAGCGAAAGUAUCGUCAGUACAUGAAUCGUCGUGGAGGUUUCAAUCGUCCGCUCGAUCCAGUUGCUUAAACAUUAUGAUAUUUGUAUAUAUUCUUUUAAAACCUGUCAAAACGCACUCAACAUAACGAGAUGUAUUGAUAGGAAGUAUAGCUCGUACAUUUACUAAAAUUGUAAUGUGUAUUUCACAAAGUAAGAAUGGCCAAUCGCUGCGUAGGUAUAAUAGAUGUAUUUGUUGAGUUGCAAGGUAAAACACUUGCUAAGAAUGAAUCAUACUUCGCUUUUCGGGCAAGUGUUAUUUGAGAAAAAAGCAAUCUAGCAUUCGAAGCUCAACCAACAAUUUAAAAAUACGCUAUUACAAAUAAGGCUAGUUCCUUUUACGGAAAUUGUUCAUUCGAUCAUUAUGUAGAAACUAUAUCAAGGAAAAAUUAAUAUAUUUGUAACAUCACAAUGAGUUAUUCGUUCUCUGAAGAAGUGGCUUACACUGAGUCACGAAACAUCGGAAAAUCUAAUUUCUCUGCUCAUUGGGAUAUUACAAAUAUAUUAAUCUAUUUAUAACAAUAUACUCAAUGCUCAAUUUAUUCGAAACUACCAAGCCACACCUUGGUAAGGAUACCUAUAUCAAGGAUAUUUGCUUCCCAUAACACCGUUGAGACGUUAAUUUUUUGUUGUGCUUGCAUCUUGACCUUACAAAUCUUAAGUGAAUCGAUCUUAAGCAUUAUUUACAAUUAAAAUAAUUUUUUCAUAUUCUACACUCUAACUGGGAAAUUUGAUCAUCCUAAGAAAUGCAGUUUUCUUAGUAGUAUAACACGGGUCAUUUAGCAUAUCAUCUGAAUACACAGUACUGUAGAAUAUUAUAAGCAUAUUUUAAAAUGAUACUAUUCUAUACAUCUAAAAAAAUAGUAGUAUAGGAUUCAUAUAGUACUAAAUGUGACAAUGAAAUAGAACGACUGACAUUAGUGAAACAUCUCAGUACUUUAUUAGAUCGUUACUAAAAUCCAUAAACGUUGAUCAUUUUUGCAGCGCUAGUAAUAUCUUAAUCUUUACAAAAAUCUCUCAUCACUUUUAUUUAAAUUAUUUGUUGUACAAAAGUAAUUAGCAGCACAUGUACACGGAGAAAGUAAUAUUGGUUUGUGUUAUAAAAUAUUUACUAUUUUACAACUGCAUUAACCACCAAGUUCAGUGUUUGCCAAUGUAGAUCUUGUCAUAUCAGUUUUUUCCUUUAGCUAACAUCUGUCAUGAAACGAUGUAAAUGUUUAGGGCCAAACAUGAAGCUGUUGGAUACCAAAAAAAUCCAACAUUUCGGAACAGGGAUAAGUCCUUUGAUGCAUUAAGGUUCUGAAAUAGAUUAGUCAUCCGAAUCAUAACGGUACAGAGUCAUCGCCUGGUUUAUGAUCUUAUUUUUAAACAGUAACAAAGACGGUCCAUUUAUUGAAUUUAGAAAUCUAGUUAUACAUUCGUCAUUUGUGAGUUGGGCUAAAGCAGGUUCUACGUUUGCCAUGAGGAAUAAGAUCACUAAAGCCAUUAAUUUACUUUCGUUUGGGUUCAUAUGUACGUUCUUACUUGUAAGACUAAAAGAACAAGACAAAAAAUAAAUAUCGCUAAUGAGUAGUGAAAUUAGAAAGUGUAAAAUUAGAAAAAAUGUAAUUACAUUUUGAGUUUCCUAGAUUUACGUAGUGCAUGCCAUUACUCAAAAGAUGUCUUAUUUUCGUGCAGUAUCGUCUCAAUAGAGAAUUAAUAUCUUGACAACGGAGUUCAGCUGAAGCAGCCGACAUAUUGAUAGGACAUUUAAUCAUUGAUAUCUUAUCAUCACCGAAUGACGAGAUAAAAGUCAGCUACCAAUGUUACAAGUAAUUAAACUGUGGCGACGAGAUAUGACUGCGAAAGCUGUACUACUAACUAAACAGAAAUGUAACGGCAUUAAUCGUUGAAUGAUGCGGACUUUUAUUUCAGUGAAAAAAUUCAAAAUGGUCGCAAAACAACAUCUAUUCUAAGUAGGCUUUAAUAUUCUUCGAAAAAAAGGGAGCUAGACCACCCAGCUUAGGAAAUGUGACACUAAAACCGUCCACCUGAGUUACGAAUCCUCAUCAAUACAAAGACGAUCUUUUGGUCGUGGGUGAAAGAAAAUUUCUAACGGAUGUUUCUUCAGAAACGUAAAUUUUAUGAAAAUAGUUACAGUAAUUAGAUUUAUUCUUACUUCACGAUAUUAGGCAAAUUUGAGUUAUAAAUCUGUUGAAGAAUUGAGAAACUUACUUAAAAUGAAGCACAGAAUUUUCUAAUCUUCUGUAUACACAAUGGGUAUUUAUUUUUAAAGCAUCUAAUAUUGAAUGCAUGCUAGAAUUUAAAAAAGUAAAUUGAGGUUUUUUUAAUAAGUGAAUACUAAAACAAUCACUUAGUUCACUGUUAUGUAUUAUUUUAUUAACUGCUUGAUUCGAAUUCUCCAUGGAAUUCUACGCUAAAUGAAGUAAUAAUUUUGUGACUCAGUCGAAGAAUAAGGCAGGCACACUAGUAUACAGUGUUAGUAGAAGGUAUUUACCACUCACCAAUAAUUCGCUAGCUUAAACAAAAGCCAGCUAAUUAGAAAGACAAUUAUAAGCUACUGAAAACUUGGUAGAUUAGGAUUCCAACUCGUUCAAAAGACCAAUUUAAUUAACUCCGAUGAAAGUAAACAGGACAUCCCUAACCACAUUAAACGUGACUAACGGACUAUAAGUAUAAGUACUUUUACUCCAAACUUUACGUUCAGAAUUUACUACUCACAUUGAAAUGAUAUUACAUUAUUUGCACGUCAUCAUAUAGGCUUGUACCACACGAGCUUAAUGAUUAGUUUCCUAAGUUUACGAAUUACCUAUUCAAAAAUGACUACAAAAAAGAUUUAUUAAUCGCAAUUACCAUCUUAUUUAAGAAUCCAUGUUUGUUGAUGGCCCUUGUCUCCAUACAUCCUUUAAAAGAAUAAUUUUCGGGUAAACAGUAGAUUAUUCCGAUUCUUCACAUUACGUUUUGGUGUAAAUAGGCAAAUACUGGUAGGGCUAUUGAUAUAACUGAACAAGAUUAAUACGGCUUAAUUCGGGAAAGAAGGUAAGAUUGUAGAUCAAGAUUUUAUUAUGCACUAACCAAAAGCCCACAAUCAGGUAAAAAUUAUUUGGAAACACUGGGUUACAUAUCGUUUAUUCAUCUCGUCAGUAGUUGUGUUAUGAAUAAAUAAAACUGGGCAACACUUGAUAUCAAUAAUCAAUCACUUAAUGCAUGCAUACACUUUAUCAUAUCAACAAAUUAAUCUGCUUUAACUGACAAAUAUAACUAAAUUACUGGGUCAUAUAUUGGCCCUAUCCUCAUAUGUAAUUCCCUGUGAAAAAUCUAGUUUGGUGCACAGCACGAAAAAAUACGCCCCACAUAUUUCCAUGGGAGUGUUGUGUAUAACUAAAUGAUCAUAAAAACCGCACCUAAAAUAAUUACUUUACCUUUUUUUGAGAUCAUCCAGAAGGAUUUGUCUACGGAGAACUUCAGGAGAAACCGAAUCAAUAAGUGGUAGAACACAGGUAAGCGGAUACUGG